UUAAGGCAGGUAGACAACAUCCUGUUGUUCGGGUGCUCCUCUCUCUCUUUUGCACAUCUGGCUGAACUGGGAGUCAGGUGGCUCCGGCGGCAGUGCCAUCUCCCUUCUUCCAUUCCACACCUCAGCCCACCCAAGAGUCCAUUAGCCAUGGACGCGGUGGCUGUGUAUCAUGGCAAAAUCAGCCGGGAGACAGGGGAGAAGCUCCUUCUUGCCGCUGGUCUGGAUGGCAGCUAUUUGCUGAGAGAUAGUGAGAGUGUGCCAGGCGUGUACUGCCUGUGUGUGCUGUAUCAAGGUUACAUUUAUACAUACCGAGUGUCCCAGACAGAAACAGGUUCUUGGAGUGCUGAGACAGCACCUGGGGUACAUAAACGAUUUUUCCGGAAAAUAAAAAAUCUCAUUUCAGCAUUUCAGAAACCAGAUCAAGGUAUUGUAAUACCUCUGCAGUAUCCAGUUGAGAAGUCUUCAACUAGAGGUACACAAGGGAGAAGAGAAGAUCCUGAUGUCUUCCUGAAAGCACCAUGAAGAAAAAUAAAACCCCUUGUACUUUAUUUUUGAUAAUUUAAAUAUAUGCUAAAUAUUAUAUAUUGUAGAUAAUACAGUUCAAUGAGCUACGAAUGCAUUUCUAAAAUAAUCAUAGUCCUGUAAUGGAGGCAUCUAGCAUGAUCUUAAAGCUGAAAUGAACUUUGUGGAUAAUGAGGAGCAGGAAAACUAAUUCUACAAGUUAUUUUCAGUUAUUAUAUUUACAAAUGGGAAAUGAUUUAAAACAUAAUGAUGCUUUAUAUAAGAUUAAUGUUAAUUCUUGCUAAAUAUAAAUAAAAACAAUCCUGUUUUUUUUCAAAAGCACCAUUUUUAGUGAAAUAUUAUUUGAUAGCUACUGAUUUUUUAAGUGUCUUGCUUGAUUUUUAAAGCUGGUUCAUGUCCCUCAUUUUUGUAAUGUGUAGUUCUGCAUUAGGCAUUAUGCUCUCCACUAGCUAUGGUGUUGUAGGCUUUUUUUGAGAUUUAUGAAGCUGUCCACUAUGUGCUAAAACAAGUACUAGAUAAAGAGUGAAGAAUUUUCAUUUAAUUCUGAAAGCAACCUUCUUGCCUAGUGUUCUGAUUUUGGAGAGUAAAAUCUACAGACAAUCUUGAGUUUAAAAAUCUUACAAUUUAAAAUAUGCUCUAAAUGUUUAUUACAGUUGAUGCUAUAGGAUUUGAAAUUAUAUCACAAAUCCGAUGAAGUGGACCUGACUUCUUUUCAUUUACCUCUGUCUGCCUCUAUUGUUGCUACUCCAUGUAAAACUUCAUUUUGAAGGGGAAGCUUCAUCAGCUAAGGCUCCUCAGCUGUGGCUCAGAAGUGGCUGGUAUAUGAGGAGUCUCCCUAUUAGAUAGCCCUAUAGACAAUUGAAAAGCUUAUGGUUACAUUAAUUUUUAACAAUUAUAAGUAAUUGCAACCUAAGUGAAAGUCAAGAUUUUACACAGUGAUGGGAAUUUGUAUUUUUUUUUCACAUUUUAUGGUUUUAUGACUCUUGCGAUUUGAUUAUAUGUCAAGUUGCUUCAGAGCUCAUAGAAUUCAUUCACUUAAUACACACACUAGGCACUGGGGUAGAGAAAUAAAAAUAUACCUUGUCCCUGCACUCAGGCAGUUCACUGUCUAGUUGAACAAGAAAACAGUAACAAUUAAAGACAAAAGAAAUACUGCCAUUUGCAACAACAUGG